UUGAGGGCAUACAGAACAGCGAGCUGGCCUUCGUUCCAUUCCUUACAUCAGAUAUUGAUAUACCACGCUCCUUUAAACAAGCAAAACAACCGAAAUAUCCCGAUAAUAUCUACUCAGAGAGCAAGCAUCCAUUCUUAUUAUACUACGGGAAUUAGAGCAAGGAAGUCGAGAGAAUGCCUUCCAUGCAAACCACCAUUGUCCUGGGUGCCACCCUUCUGGGUUCGCUCAUCCAGCAUGUUGCCGCCGCCCCAGAGGCCAGCAGCAAGCGUGCCGCCAUCCAGUUCCCGGACUGUAUCUCGACCUGCAUGCGCAAUUCGGGUUGCUUCGAUGCCGACUGCAUUUGUGACAAGGCGGGUAGCGGGAUUCUGUCCGACAUCGUCAUCUGUAUGAACCAGUGGUGCCCGGCUGACGUGACGGCCACGGACCUCAUUGAGCCUCUGGAGGGCAAGUGCGAUCUGCCCAAGACCGCUGUGCAGGACGCCGAGAAGAAGGGUGGCGUUGCCAACGAUGCUGGUGGUGACGAGGAGGAGACUCCGUCUACCACGUCUGCCAAACCCACGGCUACUUCCAGCAAGAAGGGCAACGAUGACGAAGAUGACUCGCCUAGCAAGUCUACACCUACUGCUGGCAGCAAAGGCGGCGACGAUAAGGAGGAUGUUACUGCAACCUUUGAUCUUGGCUCGCCCCAAACCAACGCAGUCCCUGCAACGACAGUGACGCCUGCUGUUUCCGGCACGCUGACUGUUGCCGCCGCUACAUCCACUGCCGCCGGCGCAGACGGUCUAUUGACUGAUGAUGAUGCCAAACCAACUGGUGCUGGCUCAUUUGGUGCCGCUACAAGCAUUUCUGUAACACCUUCAUCUACUGCUGCCAAGAGCGAAUCUACUGGUUCUGCGGAUGACGAGGAUAACGCUGCACGCCUUUCCGGUCAGGCCUCCAUCUUCGGUGUUGUUGCUGCCAUGGGUGCGGCGCUAGCUCUUGGCUUCUAGGCAGAUCAACAGGCUGUUUUCUACAGGACAACCUCGAGAUGGAUGGGGGCGAAGCUGUCAAGAGUGAAUCAAUUAGUCGGCCACUUGACUUGGGAAGGCAAUAGCCUAACUACAAUCUAAUAUCCCGCUGUAUAUACUCUUCAAGUUUCCCAAGCAUAACAUUUGCUGUUAGCAUAGCGUUCAAGAUACCAAAAUAUUAUAGUAAUUGGUUGGAGCCUGAGAGCACGUUUCAAUAGUCAGUCUCCCUGUGAACUUGGUCAAGAGUCAAAUUCCAACUUGUAAAAAGC